ACCACAGUCCCCUUGACCGCCCCACACCUGGCCAGCCUCUACAUAGGUAGCCUGACCUCUCCGACCCCGCCGCGUCCUCCACCACUAUCGCCCUCAUGGCCGACGACGCCGCAGCAGCUUCUGCGGAAGAGCCGCAGGUCACCUUCAGCGUCAAGUCUUCGAGCGACGCCAAAUAUGUUCUCACCGUCCCCGCGGCCAUCACCGUUGCGGACAUCAAGACGAAGCUGUCGGGUGCAGACUACGCCGAUCUGCCCGUCGAACGCCAGCGUCUGAUAUACUCCGGCCGCGUGCUCAAGGACCACGACACACUAGCCAGCGUCAAGAUCAAGGACGGGCACACCGUCCAUCUCGUCAAGGGCGCCGCCAGCAACGCCCGCCAGAAUCCCGCUAGUCACGGCUCGAGCACCACAAACAACACCCCAGCCGCGCCUCAAGUACCUACAAAUCUCGCCACAGGAACCGGCCACGAUCCCCUCGCGGGCUUGACAGGAGCGCGAUAUGCGGGCUUCCACGGUCUCCCAGGCGCUGACACGUUCGGCCCAGAUGGAGGAAUGGGACCUCCAGACCCCUCUCAGAUGCUCAGGAUGAUGGACGACCCAAACUUCCUUCAACAAAUUAACGAGGCCAUGGAGAAUCCCGCGAUCCAGAACAUGCUCACCAAUCACCCCAUGCUCCGCGACAACCCCGCGAUACAGCAAGCCCUACGGAACCCAGAAAUGCGUCGCAUGAUGUUCAGCCCAGAGAUGAUGCGCAUGCAGCUACAAAUGCAGCAACAACAGAUGAAUAGAGGAGGCGGUGACUUUCCAGCACCCGGCGUCACUGAUACCACACCACAGGCGGGCGGAACAGGCGCCAACACUACUAACCCUACCCAGCCAGCUCUAAAUCCCUUGGCCAUGUUCGGCGGCGGUGCAGGAGGCCAAACCAACCCCUUCGCUUCACUCUUCGCACCUGGCGCUGCUAAUCCUUUCGCACCAAACCCCAACUCCAACACCACGCCCGCCACAUCGCCCCCGGCCACAGCCUCCGCAGGCCAGGGCACACCCGCAAACCCAACACCCUCGACCCAACCCCCUAGCCCCUUCGCGAACCUCUUCGGCAACGCCGCCCAACCCGGGGAGCAGAACCCGUUGGCCCAAAUGACGCAGCAGAUGAUGCAGAACCCCGACAUGAUGCGCGCCGCCAUGCAAAUGUUCGGAGGAAUGGGCGGAGGAGCCGGCGCUGCGCCCCCCGCUACUGGCGAUGCCGCCGCGAACCCUUUCGCGAACCUGUUCGGUCCGGGAGGAAGCUUCCCAGCAGGCUUCCCAGCGUUCGGGGGAGCGGCGUCGCCGCCACCGCCCGCCGACACUCGGCCGCCCGAGGAGGUCUACGAGGCCCAGCUGAGGCAGCUGAACGACAUGGGGUUCUACGAGUUCGAGCGGAAUGUGCAGGCGUUGCGGCGGAGCGGGGGCAGCGUGCAAGGCGCGAUUGAGCAUUUGCUUGGUGGAUCAUGAGGGAUUGCGAGCUCGCGGUGUCGCGUAGGCAGAGGACGAAGGG